AUGGAAAUAUCCAUGGACAACAGCUCGGGUCUCUCGCCCCUCCCUCCACAGACAUAUGCCGCGUCCCCAACCGGGUCAAGGAAGCGUUCAGUCCAAGAGAUUGACACCUCGACGGGCUCCCCAGAGAGCAGGAAGUCUCUGAAGAUCGGCGAUCAUGAGAAUCAGGAAAACAGAGACCCCUCAAUAUCACAUUCGCCCACCCCCUCCAUCGCUACCAAAACCUCAAAUACACAUACGGACUCGAGCAGCCUAUCUGGUCCCCAUCUAGCCUCCACGCCAGGUUCUCCUCAUGCUGGCGCUACGAACACACAGAAUACUGCACAGCAGAGUACGCCGGUGGGGUCUGUAUCAGUAACCAUUCCAGUGUCACGGACCAUGAUGGAUUCUUACUCAUCCAACACUCAACCGUCGACCCCGAACACGAACGACGCUUCAACACCACCCGUAAAGAAGAGGAAGCUCUCGCCCGCGAGCAAGGAAGCGAAACAGCAGGAAAAGGCGGCCAAACAGCAAGAAAAGGAGGCUAAACAACAGGAGAAGGAAGCGAAGGAGCGGCAGAGAUUAGAAGAAAAAGCUAAGAAAGAAGAGGAAAAACGCAUCAAGGAAGAAGAGAAGAAGAAGCGCGAGGCUGAACGAGAGGAAGAGCGAAAGCGACGAGACGAAAAGAAAAAACUGAAGGAAGAAGAAAAGGCCGCUAAAGAUGAAGAGAAGCGCAAAAAGGAAGAGGAAAAGUUAAAGAAGGAACGGGCGCAAACAAAGCUAAAUGCGUUCUUUGCGAAACCGAAAACUCCAGCACAAGUGGGCAAUACUCGCGCCAGUGAAUCUCCAAAGAAACCUGUAGCUGGGGACGCAUCCUCGGCCCCAAGUCCUCAGAAGUCUGCGACAGCUCGAUCUGAUUAUCAACGCGAGUUCCCAGAUUUCUUUUUACAGUCCCACACUACAGUCGCCCCCCCGCAUAGAUUUCAACACGAUUCCCAGGCUCUUUCUCACAUACGGGAGCGCGUUGAUGUCUGUCUGAAAUCGAAUACGAAUGGUUCCGUACAGCCUCUAUCAUUACGCCCGUCGGAAAUAUUCCAGAUUAUGCCAUACAAGCGACGGCGUGGUAGGCAGGCUGCGUCUGUCAAGGACAUUCUCUUGGAAAUGCAGACACAGAACGACCAACCUGGAUCCGAUUGCUCUCUACGACCGCAGAAGCUACUGAAGGAAAUCAGAAUGAAAUCGUUGAAGUUCGGGGAAGAUGUACGACCCCCAUAUCAGGGUACUUUUACUCAGACGGUCCCUGAAGCUGUCGCUCACAAACUCAUGCGCAAUCCCUUUCACCGCGGACUUCCCGAGGCCAAUUACGAUUAUGACUCUGAAGCCGAAUGGGAGGAGCCGGAGGAGGGCGAAGACCUUGAGUCGGAAGAAGAAGAAGAGGGAAGCGAUGAGGGCGAAGAUGAUAUGGAUGGAUUCCUGGACGAUGACGAUGAUGGCCUGAUUGACGGCAAGCGACGGCUUCUCGUCGGCGACUUGGAACCUGUGUGCACCGGUCUACGCUGGCAAGGCGAAACGGACGAACAAGAUCUGGAAAUGUACAAGAUCCAGACGGUAUCGGAUUCGGUAUCGCUUCCUAUUGAUCCAUUCUCGACGGCGUAUUGGGAGAAGCCCAAACCCACCGAGCAUACCCCCACGGGGGUCGCGGGACGCUCCACCCUCCAUUCUUUCAUGGUUAUUCCAGCCAGCACUCAGUCUCAGACGGUUGCGUCGAUGGUUGAGGGAGCCGCGCCGACGCUGUUGACCGCAGGCGGGAAAGCAAAGCGCGCAUUGACACCGGAGCAGCUUGCCGAAUUCAAGCAGGCGGUGAAUGGCAGCGAUCUGACCAAGACCGGUUUAAUCGAGGUUCUGAAGAAAAGAUUUCCCAAGGUGUCCAAGGACGUUCUGAAGGAGACGUUGAAUCAGGUGGCCACACGCGUCGGACAGAAAGAGGCGGACAAGAAAUGGGUAUGCAAAGAAUAA